GCAAGACCCUGAGUUUACCUUUUUUGUUUUGGGAAGCGUGUGAACCUGGGUUUAAAAUCCUCAAUACAGAUGGCCUAAAAGUGAAGCGACGUCGUUGUUUCGAAGCAACUUUUUAACUUGAGAUUAUAUAUAUUUUUUAAUCAUAUGAUCUUAUCAUGAUAUGUUUAUGCAUAAAUAGAUAAGAUGACAUCUCCUCAUCUAAGUUAUCUAGCGAUAGUUCUCAAGUAUCACAGUAUUCCUACCCAGAGAUGGUUUAAAGAAAAGGAAAAUUUAGGAUAUUUAGGAGUUAUCUAAAUAUAUGUUGCCUAAUGAGUUUAGGAGUUUAUAAAAACUAUAUAUAAGGAGAUUCUAAUGUGUAACCUAACAUUAUUCUUAUUUGAGAGUUCUUAUAAUUUGUGAUCGAGUUACUUGAUUUCUAUAGUUAGGGUAGAAUGGGUUCAAGCUCAGCAUUAGCAUCUACAAUUGUUAAGAACUGGAGAGAGCAUCCUCCUUCUUCCUAUUCCCUCAAGGUUCACAACUUCUCACAACUUGAGAAGUCGACGACGGUCUCUGAUGAUAAAUACCAAUCUCGUCCUUUCUCCUCGGGUGGAUAUAAUUGGUACCCGAUGUUAUAUUGUUAUGUAUACUCACGUUAUCUAGCGUUAUGCAUUCGUCACUUUUCAUCAUUAGAAUAAUCAAAUAAUUAGGUUGUUUUUUUUUUUUGACAAGAAGUAUCUUAUCUUGUGUUAAAAGUAUAUUAUCUUGUCUAGCUGAUGCAAUAUCGUUGUUUAAUACAAAUCAGGAGACUGAUCGUCUACCCAAAAGGGAAUGAAAAGGAUGAUGGGAGUGGAUUUAUUUCCAUGUACGUGGAAAUAGACAGCAAAAUAACAACAGAGGUUUUUGCGGAACUCCGUUUCUUUGUCUACAACAAAAAAGAAAACAAGUACUUUACUAUUCAAGAUCUAGAAGUAAGGCGGUUCAAUGCCCUUAAAACGGUGUGGGGAUUGCAGCAAUUUCUUCCAUUGGAUACAUUCAAUGACCUUAAAAAUGGAUACAUCUUUGAGGGAGGUCAUUGUGAGUUUGGUGUUGAUGUCAUUGUUGCAUCUCCCCUCACCAACUGGGAAAUCCUGUCUUUUGACGAGAAACUCUCGAAGCCCAAGUUCUCUUGGGCUGUCAGGAAAUUUUCUGACUUGAACGUGAAUAAUUUGACAUCAGAUAUUUUUUCAAUGGGAGGGAGAAAAUGGGUUCUAAGGCUGUAUCCCAAGGGCGACGCUAUAGCAGAUGGUAAAUGGUUAUCCAUUUAUCUGGAAAUGGCUCCUAGUGAUACACUAAAAGAAGAUGAGAAGAUUUUUGUGCAAGCAAACUUACGAGUUCUAGACCCACUUGGAUCCAAUCACAUCCAACUCCAGAUGAACGUCUGGUUCGAAGUACAAAAUGCUAGUUGGGGUUGGUAUAAUUUUAUGUCUUUAGCUGAACUUCGAAAGACUUACUUGGACAACAAGGAACACGCGGUGAACGUUGAGAUAGAAUUUGAAGUCGUUUCUGCUACCAAUUACUCUCCCAUUAUGUAAGCACUACUGUAGGGCUAUCAGAAAAUGCUACAUAUGUCUUGCAUUUUUUAGUCAACAUUCGAAUUCUCUGCUUUCCAUAUAUGCAUUUGGUUUUACAAAGGAAACUUACCUUUGUAGUUUGUGGUACACAGAAACUCCACAAGUAUAAUAUCCCUAUCUAUAUUCCGCAACUCUUUAACUACUUUGAACAACAUGUACCGCUUACCAUUAACUUGGCAUGGAAUGGAGUGACGUCGUUAAUUGUUUCUCCCACAAUGAUUGUUGGUUAACAGAAAGAACAGAAAUAUAGAAGCAUAGUAGUAGAAAGAGCAUGAGAGACAUUAGAGUGUGUCUUAUUCCUUUCUUUUUGUAUCUCAGUGAUCUUGUUGAUAUAUAUGAUUCCUCUUAUCAAUGUCGAAUUGAUUGAUACUUAGAAUUCUUAAGCCUCCGUGU